AUGAGCGCGGCGUUGAAGAUAGUCAUGCUGCUGUUUUGUGUCCCGGCGGGAGAGGGCCGCUGGCUGAGGUCACUGCUAGAUCUCCACCGAGAAGAAACCGCAUCCCCGGCUGGCUCUGCAGACGAGGACGAGGGUAGAGGACGGGCAGCCGAGCCUGGCCACCGCCGAGAAGCCCCCGGGCUCUGGCGGCCGUCCGUCCCGGACGCGAGGCGGCCCCGCCGCGCGGCCCUGGACUCCCGCUGCGGCCUGCGCUCCAUCCUGCUGCAGGUGCGAGACCUCGGGCUGGGCUACGACUCGGACGAGACCGUCCUCUUCAAGUUCUGCAGCGGGGCGUGCCCCCACGUCCGCUCCAACCACGACCUCACCCUCAACAACCUGGUCCAGAGCGGGGUUCUCUCCGACCCAGCGCACGGGGAGCUGUGGCACGGCCUGCCCUGCUGCCGGCCCACCCACCACGAGGACCUGGCCUUCCUCGACAACGCCCACCGCUGGCACAAAGUGGAGAAGCUCUCCGCCGCGGCUUGCGGCUGCGUGGGCUAG